AUGGCAUUAAAAAAAGGUGCGAUUCCAUCAAAUUUAAAAACACGUGGUGGUUUGACUCAUCCAAAUGAUUUUUUAUUUAGAUUACUGAUCACUGUUGAAAAAUCAUUUGUCAAGUAUUGUGAAAACAAUGAUGUAUUUUUAAUGAAAAUUGAUGACUUUUUUGGCAACAAUCAAAGUAUCAAUUUUCCUUGUGUUGAACAUAAAAAAGACGUACUUACACAAAUUAUUUCAAAUUUUAUAAUCAUGAGAAUGCAACAGUAUUCAUUAAUAACAAAUAAAAAUGCUAAUAAACUUAAUGCAAAAAAAAAAAGCUAG